AUGAAUGUUGUGCGCGAAAUCAACAAGAUCAAUGAGCGUGAACUCGAGCUUGGUUCGUCCACCGCAUCGUGGCAUGAUGAAUACAAGGAUUCUGCGUACAUAUUCAUUGGGGGCCUGCAUUUUGACCUGACUGAAGGCGAUGUCAUCACAAUCUUUUCUCAAUAUGGGGAAGUGAUGGAUGUUAAUUUGCCAAGAGACAAAGAGACAGGAAAGACAAAAGGUUUUGGAUUUCUCAUGUACGAAGACCAACGCUCUACGAUCCUUGCAGUCGACAACUUGAAUGGUGCGAAGGUUUUGGAGCGAACGCUACGUGUUGAUCAUGUUAGGAAUUACAAACAACCUAAAGUCAAAGGCGAAGAUGGCGAAUGGCAGGAGCGGGAAGAACAAAGCCUCAACGCUAAACCGCAGUUGACCAUGGAUGAAGCCUCGUCCGAGUCAUCUGAAUCGUCCGGACCUGAGAUAGAUCCCGAAGAUCCUAUGGCAGCUUACUUACUUGAAAAGCGCAAAGAGGAGAAAGCUAAGAAGAAGAGCAAGAAGUCAAAAUCAAAAGGGAAACAUAAGGAUGAAACGCCUGAGGAGCGAAGGGCAAGGAAGGAGAAACGGAGAGAGAAGAAGGCACUGAAGGCUUCCAAAAAAUCCGCUGGCCUCAGAGGCGUUGAGGAACUGAUUCAAAGCUGGAAUGCCGAUCGCCCCACUAGGAGACCCCAAAGUCGAAGUCGAAGCAAGUCCCCUCGACCUCGAAAGUCUUUCAGUCCCGAUCAUCGUUCUCGAGAUGAUCACAAACAAGGCAUGCGCAAUGAGCCACAUCACCCCGACUCCUCGACGGAUCUAAGUGGCCGUGAACGCCGCCCACGUAGAUAUUCCCAUGAGCGGGACGAUAUUGACAAAGCGACCGAACAGACGAAGAUCGUUCUUUCCGAUACCGUAGCAACCGCAGAGACGGCUACUCACGAUUAUCACCCCGAAGGUGAAGUCAUGAUGCUGCCAGCAGAGCAACUUCUGGUGCUUGUCUUGAACUCCCAGCUUAAAACCCCCGUACGGUAUACGUUAUCGAGGGCGUGUGGACUUACGGUUAUCGAAGGAUAG